CGCCGCGUGACGUAGGCCGUCCUCGGGGGGGGGGCGCGUGCGCAUGCGCAGUCCCUCCUCCCUCCCUCCCGGUCCGCCAUUUUGGAGCCUGAGCCGCCAAAGAAGAAGAACGAGGCGGAGGCGGCAGAGAGCGAGGGAAGCGGCGUUCAAUGGACGUUGCUGCCGAAGGCAGGCCCUCCGCGGACGCAGGAAGCAGGCGGCGAGGGCGAAGGCGAAGCUCCUGACGGACGGACGGACGGACGGGAGGAGGAGCCACUUGGGUCUUCUCACCAUGUUAUGGAAAUUCGACUUGAACACCACGUCACAUGUUGACAAGCUGCUUGAGAAGGAGGAUGUGACGCUGCAGGAGCUGAUGGAGGAAGAUGACCUCCUCCAGGAGUGCAAAGCGCAGAACCGCAAGCUGCUGGACUUCCUGUGCCAGACGCCCUGCAUGGAGCAGCUGGUCAACUUCAUCACCCACGAGCCGCCGCUGGACAUGGACGAGAAGCUCCGCUUCAAGUACCCCAAUACAGCCUGCGAGCUGCUUACCUCCGACGUGCCGCAGAUCAACGACAAGCUUGGAGAGGAUGAGGCCUUGCUGUGCAUCCUCUAUGACUUCCUGGACCAUGAGCCACCCCUGAACCCAUUGCUGGCCAGUUUCUUCAGCAAGACCAUUGGCAACCUCAUAGCCAGAAAGACAGAGCAGGUGAUUGUGUUUUUGAGGAAGAAAGACCAGUUUAUUGACCUGGUACUGAAGCACAUUAACACAUCUGCCAUGAUGGACCUUCUUCUGCGACUCAUCAGCUGCGUGGAACCAGCCCAGCUGCGCCAGGAUGUCCUCCAUUGGCUGAAUGAAGCAAAGGUCAUCCAGAGACUCGUGGGCCUGAUCCACCCCAGCCAGGAUGAUGACCGGCAGUCCAAUGCUUCCCAAACCUUGUGCGACAUCAUCCAGCUGAGCAGAGAGCAGAGCAGCCAACUCCAGGAUGCCCCAGAGGCUGACCCUCUCCUGGCAGUGCUGGAGUCGCAGGAAUGCGUGGAGCAGCUGCUGAGGAACAUGUUUGAUGGCGAGUGGACAGAGAGCUGCAUUGUGAGUGGAAGUCAGGCCCUGCUGACCUUACUGGAACCCAGGCGCGCCGGCAUGGAGGGGCUGGUGGAGUCCUUCUCUCAGGGAUUCGAGAGGUCUUACACUGUCAGUAGUGGCAUCCUGCGUGGCAUCGAGCCACGGCUGAGUGACUUCAACCAGCUGCUGCUCCACCCGCCGAAGGCAGCCUCCAUCUUGACUACCAUUGGGGUCUUGGAAGAGCCACUGGGGAAUGCCCGUCUUCAUGGCGCCCGCUUGAUUGGUGCCCUCCUGCACACCAACACUCCCAGCAUAAACCAGGAGCUCUGCCGGCUCAACACCAUGGACCUGCUGCUCGACCUAUUUUUCAAAUACACUUGGAAUAACUUCCUGCACUUCCAAGUGGAAUUGUGUGUUGCAGCUAUUCUGGCCCAUUCGGCGCCCGAAAGUCAGCCGGCCCCAAGCAACACAGAAAAGAACGACAUGGAGGAGAACCCAGCCCCAGGGGAGGCUGACCUGCCUAGGAAUGGUCAGCCCGAGAACAUCAUGGUGACUCACCUGUUCCAGAAGUGCUGCCUGGUGCAGAGGAUUCUGGAUGCCUGGGAGACCAACGACAGAAUACAGGCAGAAGGGGGGAUGAGACGAGGCAACAUGGGGCACCUCACACGAAUCGCCAACACCGUUGUGCAGAAUAUGGACAAAGGUCCCAUGCAGACCCAGAUCAGUGAGUUCAUUAAAGGGCUCCCUGAGGAUUGCCGAGGGCGGUGGGAGAGCUUUGUGGAGGAGACACUGACUGAAGCCAACCGGAGGAAUACUGUGGACCUGGUGAGCACCCACCACCUGCACUCCUCCAGCGAGGACGAGGAUGCUGAGGCUGCCUUCUCCAGUGAGCUCUCUCUUCAGCAGGCCUUCUCAGACUACCAGAUCCAGCAGAUGACAGCCAGCUUUGUGGAUCAGUUUGGCUUCAAUGACGAAGAGUUUGCUGAACCGGAUGAUAAUAUCAACGCUCCUUUCGACAGGGUUGCAGAGAUCAACUUCAACAUCGAUGCUGAUGAUGACAGUCCCAGCGCAUCCCUCUUUGAAGCCUGCUGCAGUGAACGCAUCCAGCAGUUUGAUGAUAAUGAAGAAGAGGAAGAUAUUUGGGAAGAGAAGGAAAGAAGCUAUGCAACGCAAGUCAAGUCACGGACACGGUUUGGGGCAUCUCAUACCUCAGAGAGUUCGUCCAGAAUUGACCUCGAGAAUGGUGACCCCGAUGGCAAUAGCCCUGGCCCUGGGGAGGAAGAGGGCGAGGAGGCAGCUGCCUCUCCUCCAGACGGAAACAGCAGCCGUCCCAAAGACAAGAGUGCAGACCCCUCUCUUGAAGGAUCCGGCUGGACAGCUGUGUUUGAACCGGUCAGCUCCAAGCCCCCUGCCUCCUGCGUGGCAAUGGACGUCGGAUCCAGCGUGUGGGAUUCGGCCGCCCUGGACCCAAAGACUCCCAAGGAAAGAGGCUGGGCCACGUUCACAGACUUCCAGCCCUUCUGCUGCUCAGAGGCUGGUCCCCGGUGCAGCUCUCCUGCAGACAUGGAGGGCAGCGACUCGGAAGGAGACCUCAAGCGGAUCCAAGAGGAGAACAGUGUGAGCACAGCGGCCUCCCCUUGCGCCUGGAAUGUCUGUGUGGCGCAGAAGGCACCGUUGGUGGCCUCAGACAGCAGUUCCUCUGGGGGUUCAGAAAGCGAGGAGGACGAGGAAAAGGCGGAUGACAUUGUCACAGGAACUAUCAGCACAGGCUCAGGCCAGGAAGUGGUCAAGUUGACUGUGGACGCCAGGGACAAUCAAGCUCUCUUUGCCAGCAGCAGCAGUGACUGUGAAUUAGUAGCGGACAAGAUGACCAGAGUCCUGGAGCACAGACCAGCUAAGGCCCUGGAGAGCAGCAGUGCCCAGCCGCACCGAAGCCCUCCACAUUCUGCCACCACUGCCACAAUCUCAGAAGCCAAGAGUAAUAGAAAGGAGGAACUGCUGCCUGGAGCUGAAUCCACCCUGAAUGGCCCCGCUUGACAGAGCGGCUGGCAGAAGAGGUGCCCAAAGAGUGAGGCUGGGCUGCCGUCUGGGCACCUGGUGGUUUCCCUUUGACAGUUCAACUUUGAUUUCCAUGAAUGCUGCACUGCUGGAUAAAGCUGGUGGGCAAGAGCCGGGGGCCCCUUCAGAAACACCGCGCUGUGCGGCGAAAUCCCUACCUGUGUGGAAAGCGUGACCCUGGCCUGCAUCAUCCUCCAGCCGCACCAUUGCCCUGCCCCUCCUCCUUCCCACCCGCCUCGCUGGACUUGAGGUCUUUGCCACUUUGUUUUGGGGGGCAGGGGCCAGCGCUCCCUCCUGAUCUUCUUGCACCCUGGACUGGACUUCUAUUUGGGAAGGGGAGAGGCUGUUCACCUGGGAUCUGCCAGGGGCAGCUGCUGGAGGUGCCAGGGAGGAACUGGCAGCUGGCCGCCAGCCACCUUGGACGCUCCCCCUUGUUUGUGUAGCAAUAAUGCCUUGCCGGGACAUUGGCUGGUAAGAUUGGGAGCUUGGGGGGUCUUCGUGCCGCCGGGCUUUGUCUCACCGUUUCAGGGGAGAAAGGAGAAGGCCAAGCGCACAGCCUUUCCCCAUCGUCUGUGGGGCUGCCGAGGGAGGAGGAGGACAGUGGCCGCUGGCCGGCUGGCAGGAAGGGACAUUGGGAGGUGGCCAGGCGCCAGGUGGUCUCCGGGAGGCCUCCUCUGUUUCUCAUGGAGAGAGGUGGAUUCGUGGUUUGGUUUGCUUUUUGGUAACAUUUUUAACAGAUGUAGCACUGCGACACUUUGCACUUUGUGGUCUCCUGCACCAGUUUUGGAGCGUCCCAUCAGGGGAAUCUGGAGGAAAGAGCCUGUGCCCAUGGGCAGCUGUCCAGAGCAGGCAUCUCUUGCCACGAGCGGCUGCAAAGGCCACGGAUGGCACUGGGGGGGUCAUCCCAACAGAAGCUGCCUUUCUCUGGGAUCCUCCAGGCCGGCCACCAACUGCAUCCUUCCAUGGCUUCCGGUUUCUGCUGCCACCACUGCCUUCUGGCCUUUCCAGGUUGGUUUUGGCAUGAGUCAGAGGGCAUGUGGAGGUAUAAGGCCUGGCCCAGGCGCUCUGUCCACUACUCCCACUCCGCCUUCCUUCUUUCACCUUGAGAAGGUUCACAGCAGAGGCCGCUUGCUUCUCUUUAAGCUCGAGGGGGGGAAAUGCCCUGCCCUCCAACUGGGACGCUAUGCCCGCUUCCUGGGAUGUCCAAGAUAAUUGGUGGGUGACCCCCAGUGGUUUCUGGCCGGGGUCCUGGGACUUUCAAGGGGGGCCCUCCAAAGGAGGACAUGGAGGUAUGUCUGCAGCCUUUGUGAACGGUUGCCCAGAACUGGACACAAGGCACUGCUCCUUAACCAGGAGAUCAGUGAGACUGACUGUCCCGGGUGGGGGGGGGGGCUGUGACCAGCGCACGGACUUUGUGGGUUUGUGACUGGAAGGGGCUUGUGGCAAGCGGGUAGGAAAGGUCCAGAGAUCAAGCGUUGGGAGGAAAGGCUGGGGAUAAGUGUUUUGGGGGCAUUGUGGGAGGCCAUCAGAGCAGGACCCAAGCCCUUAAUGAGAAAAAGGAUGUGUCACUCGAGUGUUAGGGAUGUUCCUUAAUGGCAGGGGCUGCCUGGGAGUGCCAUGGAUGCCCUUGGGAGCUGGGGGGGGGGGGUCUGUCUUUGGAGGCGCUUGAGCACUGGCUUUCCUCCAUUAUCCACAGGGCUGGACUGCAUGGCCUUCGGGUCCCCUGCCAGCUUUCCCACGGAAAAUGGGAGCCCACGUGCAGCGGAGGGUUUCUAGGGUGGUGGGUCCAUGAGGGCCGUAGGAGGGGGAGGAAUCCCUCUCUUCUUCUUCGUGGUCUCUGCGAAUCAUACAAAUGGCUUGUACUGCGCCUGCGCAGUGCCUUCGGAAACUUCUGGAAUCACUAGGCAAAGUACUCUUUGCAACAUAUUGAAACUUUUUGGCGGUAGCUCUGCCCCUCCUCUAUAAAGCCUCCGUUCCCGCUCUUUUCCCCAGUUCCUUUUUUCCGCCGCGUUAGCUGCCAUUAGGAAGAGGCCCCACACUUCUUCAUUGGACGGAGAGCACUCCUCGGCGAAGCGGCACCGCUCCGACGAACGAGACCCCGAGGUCGGCCGUCAUAGGGAGGCGCCUUGAUCACACCUGUGGAAAGGCGGGGUAGAAAUAAAGAUUAUUAUUAUUAUGACCGCCUGGACACCGACUGCAGAUAGUCGGAUACCGACCGUCGGCCAUCAGAUCCCCGUAUUGCGGCAAGAGCUUCAAGGGGCUCAUCUUCUAAGGCCUCCGGGGCCGAUGACGGCCGUCCUGAUCACCGACUUGGCCCUGCGUCGACGUCUUGGGCUCUCCCCACCUUCCGCCACAUCUUGGACGAUGCCAUUCAACUCCUCUCAGAACCUGCUUCUCCGGCCAGUUCUAGAGACGAUUGUCGAUCUACCACCCCGAUGCCCAGAUCAGGCAGUCACCCAACUCGGACGCGCCGUGUCGCUUCGCCGUCUCCAUCUCAGGAACCAGAGCCCGAGUACUUAUAUGACAGUGAAGCUGACAAAUAUUACGUGGUAGAUUCUCAUGACGCUAUUGAGUCCCGCUUCGGACCUCCGGUACAGAAGUCCAGACCAUGACUAUCUUCUAGGCCUUCUAGAGCCUCUGCGUUUUCACCUCGUCGCACGGAUGCUGCCACUGACCUGGACGUCGUGGACCUUGAAUCAGAUGAGGAGACAUCUUCCUGGGCCCGUUACCGCCCCAGAGAUGGCUCCCAAUCAUCUGUGGACGACGACUACCAGUCUGCAAAUCAAGACUUUGUUCAACCUAGUUCGGUCUCUCCUUCUGACGAUGUCCGGACCUUCGCGGAACAUGUCAUCAAAAUGGGCAACGCUCUUGACAUCAAGAUCUCCCAGACUGAGGAAGAGGCCUCUGACCCUAUCGAAAGUCGGAUUCAUGGCAAAUUGCCCACCCCACCGGCAAUUCCCCUGCUCCCAUCCCUGGAGAAGUUGGCUAGGCGUGCUUGGGGGGCCCUGCUUCAACAGCUGCCAACAACAGGAGGAUAGAGUCCCUCUACAGGAUCGCACCAGCCAAUCCAUCAUGGUUGUUUGGACACCCCAAACAGAACUCGGCCAUCGUAGAAGGCUCUCAGCGUGCGUCGACCCCAAAGGCUUCCUUGAUGCCUUCAGACAGAGAAGCGAAGAAAAUUGACGCCCUGGCUAAGAAGGCCUAUUUUUCCUCAGCCCUGGGCAUGAGAGUAGCCCACUAUAACGCAUGCAUGGGCGCCUACAUUCAGUGGCUCAUGGAGAAGAUCUCCCCUCUGAUACCGGACUUGCCUGAUGAAUCCCAAGGGACCCUUUCGGAAGUCCGGGACGAGGCCCACUCAAUCAGAAGUUGGCUCAUCACCUCAGCCAGACAUUCCACGGACUGCGCCGCAAGAUCCAUGGCUGCAGCCAUCGCACUUCGCAGGCACGCCUGGCUGCGGUCAUUGAUCUAAAUCAGAAUGCCCGUACCACCAUCGAGGACAUGCCCUUUGAUGAGGACGGCCUAUUCCACCGCGAGACCGACGAGAAGCUCAACUUUAAGUACAGGAUGAGGACCGUGCCGAAGAAGCACAGCUUCUUCCCGUAAGCGUUUCACCGGUAUCCGUCAGUGGUACGGUCAGGGCCAGAGACCUUACCAACAGGACCGUCCUUUCCAACGCCAGGACCAGUCCAGACAGCGCUUUCCUUUCCAGUCUUCUUCCUCCUUGGGCCGCCGCUCGGGGCCUAAGUAUAAGAAGAACUACAGGAGGCAAGACUCCGACCAAAAUAAGAAGAGGAACUGAGGGGACGCAGCGUACUCCGUCGUCUCCUCCGCCCCUUGUUUUCUUGACAGGCUGAGGCCUUUUUCCACCAUCUGGGCCUCAAUUACUACCAAUUCUUGGGCCCUCACUAUCGUCUGUAGGGGUUAUGCCCUUGAAUUUGAAGAGCUCCCACCAACUGGAGCUAUCCUUUCCACUCCCCCCUCAGACACCCUCCUCGACGAAGUACGCACCCUUCUCGCCAAAGGUGCUAUUUCCCCUGUUGACCCCAUCGACAUUCCUAGAUGUUUUUUCUCCCGUUAUUUCACGGUCCCUAAGGCUGACGAGGGCAUCAGACCCAUAUUGGACCUCAGAGAGCUGAACGCUUAUCUGUCCUAUCGCCGCUUCCGGAUGGUAACGCUUGCCUCUAUUUUGCCUUUGUUACAACAGGACCUGUGGUUUGCAACAAUCGACUUAAAGGACGCUUAUUUUCACAUCAGUAUCUGGGAGUCACACCGCAGGUUCCUGGCCUUCGCCUUCGGGACAGACGUCUACAGAUACAACGUCCUUCCCUUCGGCCUGUCUACAGCGUCUCGAGUUUUCACCAAGUGCAUGGCGCCCGUGGUGUCCCAUCUGCAUCGUCAGGGCAUCAGGGUCUUCCCGUACCUGGACGAUUGGCUCUUCGUGGCUCCCUCAAGCCAAGAGCUACGUCAACACACCACAGUCUCUCUCCAGCUCUUACGGGACCUGGGACUGGUAGUCAACCUCAAAAAGUCCCAACUACUCCCCACCAAGCAGAUAAGGUUCAUCGAGUCAAUCCUCGAUUCAGACAAUUGCACAGCAUUCCUGCCUCCCGACCGCUUCCAGACACUGGUUUGAGCCGUCAGCCGAUGCACCGGCCGGAGACGAGUCGCCGCCAGGGACAUUCAAGUGGCCCUGGGCCACAUGGCGUUGACAACAUUUGUCACACCGUGGGCAAGGCUUCGAUCUCGGCCCCUUCAGUCCUGGUUCCUGUCGGUCUUCAACCUAGAAAAGGACUCCCCAUCCCACCGCCUGACCAUCCCAAGACCACUCGCUCGCUCCCUCCGCUGGUGGCUCGACUCCCGAAACACUUGCGCCGGCAUGCCUUUUUUGUUGCCCCAGCUGGAGCUGGUGCUGACCACAGACGCAUCAGAAGAAGGAUGGGGGCCCACACCCUGGACCUGUGGGCCAAGGGCAUCUGGUCCCGUGACGAGGAGACCCUCCACAUCAACGCACUGGAACUGUUGGCAAUGGAGAAAGCCCUAAGAGCCUUAGAGUCCUCCUUGUCCAGCAAGGUCGUCCAGCUCAGGACAGACAACACCACGGUGAUGUACUACCUGAGCAAACAGGGAGGCACCAGGUCAUGCACCCUCCUAGACAUCACGCUCCGGAUAUGGGAAUGGUGCAUCGCCCAGGACAUUUUACUCCAAGCUGUACACCUACCGGGCAUACAGAACGUCCUUGCGGAUCUACUCAGCAGGUCUCCGUCCUCAUGCCACGAGUGGAGACUCCACCCAGAGACUGUGCACGACCUCUUCAUGCGAUGGGGAACCCCACAGAUAGACCUGUUUGCGACCGUGUACAACUCUCAUUGUCCCCAGUUCUGCUCCCGGAUGCCGAACGAGGACUCCCUCGGGGAUGCAUUCGGGUUCCGAUGGUCGGGGCUAGCGCUCUACGCCUUCCCCCCUUUCUUCUGAUCACCAGGACAGUGUCCAAGAUGAUGUCGGAUGCCGCCGAUGCGAUCCUAAUCACCCCUUGGUGGCCGGGACAGCCUUGGUUCCCUUGCCUUCUCCACCUCGCCCAAGCCAACUUUCUCCAGCUCGACCACAGACCGGAUCUCCUCACAAUUCUGGGAGGACAUGUCCGACACCCGGACAUCGACACCCUUCCUCUGGUGGCGUGGAGAAUCCAUCCCUAGCUCGGCUGCCAGCCCCGGUACGGAGAGUCAUCCUGGCCGCCCGGAAACCGGCUACCCAAAAGUCCUAUAGACUGAAAUGGAACACGUUUCUCCGGUUCUUGUCUGACAGACACCUCUCCCCAGCCCAAAUGACGACACCGCUGGUCCUGGAUUUUCUGAUGUCCCUGGUCGACACGGGCCUCUGCCUCUCUUCAGUAAAGUGCUACCUGUCGGCCAUCUGCUCUUUCUUCCAAUUCGAUGACAGACCCUCCUUUUUUAAAGACCCCCUGGUUAAAGGGUUUCUCAGGGGAUGCAAUAACUUGCACCCUCAGGUAUCCUUACCGCCCCCGGCUUGGAGCCUCGAGGCGGUGUUGAGAACCUUACAGUCCAGACCGUUUGAACCUUUAGCCACUACAGACAUUAGACUUUUGACUUGGAAAACGGUCUUUUUGGUGGCCAUCACCUCUGCCCGCCGCGCGGGCGAACUUUGUGCCCUACGUCGUAACCAGCCCUUUCUCAGGUUUCACUUGGACAAGGUAGUUCUCAGGACAGACAUUACCUUUUUACCCAAGGUUGUUUCUAUGUUUCAUAUGUGCCAGGACAUUGUCCUUCCUACCCUGGCCCCGAGCCCGACUACCGAUGCCGAGAGGGCUCUCCACACACUGGACGUCCAUAGGGCCCUAGCCUUUUAUCUGGACAGAACUAGACACUUGAGCCGCUCUGAGAGACUGUUCCAGUGUUACUUGGAGCCCAAAAAAAAGGACUGCCUGUGUCGACUCAGAGACUCUUGAAGUGGAUAUCCAACACCAUUUGCCUAUCCUAUGAACUCUUGGGUAAGUCUUUGCCGGUUAGGGCCCGCUCCCAUGCCACAAGGGCGGUAUCGGCAUCUGCUGCAUUUCUGUCAGGUGUGCCCUUGGAUGAUAUUUGUAGGGCUGCAGUGUGGUCACAAAUUUUGACGUUCAUCAAACAUUACAGGUUGGACACCAGGGCCAAGAGGGAAGCAGCCUUUGGGAGGGCUGUCUUGUUAUCGGGGUUACACUGACUAUGUGUUGAUGUAUAUUGCGUUGCAGUUCUAUUCACAAGGUGAUGAGCUCACUGGGCCCGUCUUCAGGCCUGUUUAUGGGUCUGUGUUUUGUGCAAGUUUUCUAUAAACAAAACAAACAACUCUUAGACGUGUGUUGAGUUCUCAAUUUAUUGGUAUCCAGUAACAUUGUUGGUUGAUUCAGGUGUCAUGACACUCCCUCCGCCGUCAACUUUAGCUUGCUAGUCUCAACCCAUUUGUAUGAUUCGCAGAGACCACGAAGAAGAAGGACAGGUUGCUCACCUGUAACGUUAUUUCUUCAGGUGGUCAUCUGCGAAUACAUACAAAUCCCGCCCAUCCUCCCCUCGGUGUCCUGCUCUAAUUGGCUCAUUCUCUUGUCGCCUUCAUGGCGGAAAAUUGCGGAACUGGGGAAAAGAGCGGGAACGGAGGCUUUAUAGAGGAGGGGCGGAGCUACCGCCAAAAAGUUUCAAUAUGUUGCAAAGAGUACUUUGCCUCGUGAUUCCAGAAGUUUCCGAAGGCAUUGCGCAGGCGCAGUACAAUCCAUUUGUAUGUAUUUGCAGAUGACCACUCGAAGAAAUACCGUUACAGGUAAGCAACCUGUCCUUCUCUCUCUUGGCUCAUGCCAGAAAUGGGCUUCACCUGACAAAAGGAGCUUCAUGCAACGAAGAAGCAGAACGUAGGGCGGGGGGGCUCUCUGCUGCAGUCUUUGAGAGUGGCCAAGGCGCGGGGGGGGGGGGGUAUCCAAGGUUCCUCUUCUGGAGGCCCUGCCACUGGUGGAAGGCCUGACCCUUCCCCAGAGGGUUUGUCCAGAAGAAGUGAUGCUCUUGGCAAAACUGUUUCUGGCUCUGCAUUGGCACUGGCUUGCCUCUGCUGGGCCUCUGCUCCUCUUCUUCUGGAUGGGAAAGUCCUGGCUGAGCCCCCCGCCUCUGGUCCAGCACUCACAAAGCCUGGCCUUCCAGCCCUAGACCUCUGUGCAGACCCUGGAGGUCAGAUCUUCACCACCAGGGUCUGCCCCCUCCUCUUGAGGAAAGCCCCCCAGGCGAAAAGGGAGUUUGCAGGAGUACCAGCCUUCCUUCUGCCUAGUUCUCCAUCUCCUCCAAUGCACAGAACUUGUUUGGGGUUGUGCCCAGAUGCUCUCCCCCCCCCCAGGCCUUGGGGGGGGGGCAGAGGAGUCCCAUUGGGGGGACCCAGGCUAGCAAGGGAAAGGGGGUCAAGGCCUUCCUGGGUCGUGAGGGUCACCCUUGGAGGGUGGCACCUGCCAAGGUGGGUGGAUGGCCUUUGCUCCAAGGGUGGGGUGGGGGGGUCAAGCCCCUGGGAUCUUUUCCCUUUCUUUGUGGGGAAGGAGCCCUGACAGAGGACUGGCGUUUCUCCUUUGCCCACUUGUGCUCCAGCAAAAAAAACCCCAAAGGUAUUGCCUGGCUUGUUCUGCAUUUAGAUGAUGUUUUGCCCCCACAAAAUCUGUUCUUACAGUGGGGAGAACUUGUUGCACAAAGCAGUUUUGUGUGCCAACCACUUUUUUGACAAAUGACAAUUUUCAUCUUAAUGCAAAAGAGUCUCAGCAGAGCUGGCCGUUUUUUCAGUGGAGUGUGUUGGUGUUGUCCAAAUUCUCCAAGAGAGAACAUCUUGGAGCUGCCGCUGCAAAGUCACACCUGGAGGAAGCGCCGCCUUGGCUUCGCAUGGGUCCACCUUUCUGUUUGGAGCAAAGUCUGGAAAGGACCUAGGCAGCCAAAAGAAACAGCUCCAUUCGUGGCCCUCCAUUUCUGUGGGGAAGGCGAGGGAAACUGAGGGGCACAAUUGCCGUCCUCUUAUGCUGUGCCUGAGACCCUGGCAGAGAUGCCAGUGAGCAAAGCCCCUUCUUCAAGAGGAGGCAGCUGCCACUGGUGGAGGGGGCAAGUAUCAUCCAAGGGGAUCCUCCCCAAGGAAAGUGCCACCUCUGCCUUCUUGCAGUCGGUGGAGCAAACGAAUGACAGACCCUCUGGGCCUGACCUCGAGCCAGGGCCAUGGGUCCCCUGGGGGAGUGCUGCGGAAGGGCAGCCUGGAGUACCUCCUGGCCCUCCUUGCAAGAGGAGGAGGAGGCCAAGGUCCAACUGUGGCCCCUGCCCCACACGUAUGGGUCCCUUCUGGAUGGAUGUACCCAUGGAUAGCCUAGCUGGCUCCGUAUGUUAGCAUCUUCUGGCAAGGGCUGCCCUUCGUGGACUUUCUCUCGGGAAAAGGGUGGACCUUGUCUCUCCCUGCGGCAGCGGUCAGGGGAUGGCCACUGGCUUUGUAGUCUGUGGCCUUUUGUGCCCAAGUGGGCUUCUACAGGCAAGUGGCCAUCUUUUUGUCCAUUGAAUAGCAGGCCCCAGUGCUCUCACAUCUUCAACUGCCAAACUGCGACCCACGUUCUGAGGCCCUGAAUCCCUUGGUUUGCCCCAGGGCUGUUGGGGGGGCUCCUGUUGCAACUUUUUACACAAAUAAAGCCUAUAAAACACA